UUAAGCCAAACGCCCCUAAUAAGGUGAUUGGACUGGCGGGAACUGGAAAAAAUUGAGGAACCAUAUGGCGGGAAUUCCUCGUCUUUAUAAACCCCUCAUCCCGAAAAAAAUUUCCACUAAUUAACUUUUACUAUUUCUCUUUCUGUACUAUAUUUUGGUUUGUCGAUAGACUUAGCGUUUGAAUUAUGGGGAAGAGAAAGAAGACGGCUAGGGUUACUGAAGAAGAAGAAGAAUUGAAGGACAAUCAAGAGCAUACCACUGCUUCUUCUUCCCAUCACAAGAGCCUAUAUGAGAUUCUUGGGGUUGAAAGAACAGCAACUCAGCAGGAGAUAAAGAAGGCAUAUUACAAGUUGGCACUGCAGCUUCAUCCAGAUAAGAAUCCAGGAGAUGAGGAAGCUAAGGAGAAAUUUCAACAGCUGCAAAAGGUGAUAUCAGUUCUUGGUGAUGAGGAGAAACGAGCACUCUAUGAUCAGACUGGCUGUGUUGAUGAUGCUGACCUGGCUGGAGAUGUUGUGGAGAACUUGAAGGAGUUUUUUCGAGCUAUGCACCCAAAGAUCACUGAGGCCGACAUUGAAGAGUUUGAAGCAAAUUAUAGAGGAUCUGAGUCGGAGAAGAAGGACUUGAUUGAUUUGUUUAACAAGUAUAAGGGUAAAAUGAAUAGGCUCUUUUGUUCUAUGAUUUGCUCUGACCCCAAGUUAGAUUCACACCGUUUCAAAGAUAUUCUUGACGAGGCAAUUGCUGCAGGGGAGCUAAAAUCAACCAAAGCAUAUGAAAAAUGGUCGAAGGAAGUGUCUAAAACAAAACCACCUACAAGUCCAUUGAGAAGGAGGCAGAAGUCAAAGAAAAAAUCAGAGGACUUGUAUGCUAUUAUUUCUCAGCGGCAAAAUGAGCGGAGAGGUAAGAUGAGUUCUAUGUUCUCGUCUCUGAUUAGCAAAUAUGGUGGGGAUCCAUCUGCUGCGGAACCCAGCGAAGAGGAAUUUGAAGCUGCUCGUACAAAAAUAGAGAGUCGAAAGAACUCCAAGCGGAAGAAAAUGUAAUAUGUUUGUCUUCUACACCUUUUUGCUGCAAAAAUUGUCAAUAGCUUAAUGCUACUAGCUAGUAGUUAAUCAGAAAUCAUUUCUAUGCCUUGCUGUUUUUGUACAUUUGACAGUAUAUGUGGAAGCUUUAUUUGCGUAACGCCAGCAUAGUGUCUUCAAUUUCA